GCUGCUAGCUUGACGGUUAAAACUCGUGUGCUGUCCGUCCUUGACUGUCAUCGACGCACAUGAGCUUCGAGCUUCUCACCGUGACGUUAAACCGGAGCCACGGUAUACAAACCGGCUACAUUGAAAGAGAACCGGCCUCACACUGACCGGAGACCGGCUGAUUUACUUACAACACACCGUCUGUUGCUAACGGUACUGACGGUAGGAUGUCCGGUACAGGGAGGUCUCUGCUGUCCCUCCUGCAGCGGUGUGUCGCAGUUAGACGGCUAACUUUACCGGCGACCGUCGUCAAAACAACACGGAGCGGCGGCUUCACUCAGAACCGGACCUGGAGCUCGGCGGCACGGACAGUCUGUCUGCGGAGGCUCGGUGAGCUGCAGCCCGCAGUGAGCAGCAGCCAGCGCGGCUUCUGUACCAAGACAGGACCGUCCUGUGAAGAUGAAUACCCUCCACUGCCGGCCUACCAGCCCGAAUCAGAACAGACACAGACCAAAGAGGUUUACAUCGUCCAGGUUAAAGGUCUACCGUGGUCAUGCACCACUCUGGACCUCCUUCACUUCUUCUCAGAGUGUAGGAUCCGUGAGGGGGAGAGGGGGAUCCAUCUGUCUGUGGACCGGCUGGGGAGGCCGACGGGUCAGGCCUUCAUCGAGAUCGAGCACGAGGAGGACGUCAGCAAAGCUCUGGAGAAGCACCGGCAGUACAUCGGUCCACGAUACGUUGAAGUGUCUGAGGUGACGAACAGUGAUGCUGAAGCCAUCCUGAAGAAAUCCAUCCAGCCUCCAUCAGACGGAGUUGUGAGGCUCAGAGGGAUUCCCUUCACCUGCACAGAGAACGACAUCGUUCACUUCUUUUCAGGUUUGGAUAUUGUGCAGAACGGCAUCACCAUCGUCACAGACGCCAAAGGAAGAAAGUCUGGGGAGGCUUUUGUGCAGUUUACCUCUCAGGAAGCAGCAGAUGAAGCUCUGCAGAGAGACAGGGACCUCAUAGGAAGCAGAUAUAUCGAGGUAUUUCCCAGCACAAGUGAAGACAUUCAGACUACUUUGAGGAGCAAGAGUUCUCCUCAGACUCAGACCAGCUCUCAGUCAGCAAACAGGUCUACCUUUCAGACCAACUCCAGAAGUGUUUCCCCUCAGAGCUCGACCGUGCCGCUGCAUUACAUCCACAUGAGAGGACUUCCUUUCCAGGUUUCUGGAGAAGAUAUCGCCAAGUUCUUCCAUCCUCUAGUCGUGUCUAAGAUCCUGAUUGAAUGUGGUCCUAACGGGAGGCCGACCGGGGAAGCUGAUGUUUACUUUAGUUGCCAUAGAGACGCCUUGGCGGCCAUGUCCAGAGACAGAAUGAACAUAGGCCACAGAUACAUCGAGUUGUUCCUGAACUCUGUACCAGACUGUGAUGGGAGAUGAAGAACAGCAGAAAUGCACAUCUGUAAACAUCUCUGAUCAUCUUUCAGGUGAAUGUGGACAUACUGAAGCCAAACACACAUAUACAGGAGAAUCAUGUUGAACUUCCAGUCUGACAUCAAACAAUAAACAUUCCUGGUGUCCAUGAAACUAA